AUGCCGGAAAAGGAGACACCCCAUCGCCUCGGUAUAGGGGGGCAGCAGCUAAUAGUAAGCCCCGAUCUCCUUAAGCUGCUAGCAGGUGCAGCAGAGGAGACAGACAAGUUUGCUGGUUGUCUUGCUGCACUACAGCAAGACAAUGCACGACAUAAUGCAAAACGAUGCACAGAAAACCCCUCUCCUGCCUUAGCAGCAGGUGAAGGGCCUAAGCAGCUAACAGCAACAGCAACAGCAGCAGCAGUAGCAACAACAACAACAGCAGAAGCAGCAGCAGCAGCAGAGAGGACAGCAGCAGAAAGGAGUGCAGAAAAUACAGCAGCAGUAAGCGCACAAGCAGCAGACACGGGAGAGGCUGCUGCUGCUGCAACACCACGAGGCAACUCUAAGAAGAUAAAGAUGACAGCAAAUGGACAGAAGAAGAGAACAGCAGCGGCUGCGAGUUGGGAAAAGGAGCGGCGAAAGAGGUGUUGCCGUGCUGGUGCAGCAUCGGGUUCGGGUGCAGCGGAUGGUGCAGUAGCAGCAGCAGCAGCAGCUGCUGCUGCUGCUGCUUCAGGUGGCGGUCCCUCUUCUUCUGUUGGUUGUACAGGGGCUGCUUCUGCAUCUGCAUACGCCCUGCUACUAUCAGCACUACCUAAGGUAACAGGUGUAUUCUUUGAUAGGAGUCAAGAACGUUGGGUCUCUUCUGUCUAUGCAGCAGGAAGAAACAUGAAAUCUUAUUUUCCUGUCUAUAAGCAUGGAUUCUUAGAGGCACGACAUCUUGCAAUUCUUCAACGUAUUUCCCAGGUUGCUCUUAAGGGCAGGACACCCCAGACGGAACCAGAUGCAGCAGCAGCAGCAGCAGCAGCAGCAGCAGCAGCAGCUGCUGCUGCUGCUGCUGCUGCUUCUUCUUCUUCUGCUGCUGCUGUUUCUAAUACACAAGCUGGUGCACGGGCUGCUGCACCGGCUGCAACGCGCGCUGCUCCACAGGUUGCUACACCUGCUGCUGCACAGGUUGCACCUGCUGUUGCUGCCCCUGCUGUUGCACCUGCUGCUGCAUCUGCUCCUGUACCUUCUGCUGCCCCUGCUGCUUUACCUGCUGCUUUACCUGCUGCUGCACCUGCUGCUGCACCUGCUGCUGCACCUGCUGCUGCACCUGCUGCUGCACCUGCAGCUACUGGCGCACCUGCAGCAAUGCCUUCUUCUGACGCUCUCGAUUUCGAAGCGCUCAUUCAGGCUCUGGCGAAGGUACGAGAACCCCCUAUGCAUGGGGGCAGCAACAAGGACCUAUGGGGCAACGUAGCCGCAGCUGCUGCUCCCUCUCCUGCUGCUGCAGCAGCAGCAGGAGCAGAACCAGCCAAGCUUGAAGGAGACGGACAACGCGGUGUGUCUUCUAUCGAAACCCCUAGGAGCAGAGGGGGACGCAUGCCUUGUCAACAAAAGGAGCAACAAAGAGCAACUCUAUCAUCAGCAUCUAAUAACAAGGAGUUGCUGCGUCAAGGCGUAGAGACACUGCAGCAAUGCUUGAAUGACGGCAACACAACAACCAAGUUGACGACAACUGCAACAGAGAAUUUCCCGCGUAGUUCCUCUUGUUCAGCAUUGGCGGUGCCUCCUCCUCGCACCUCCUUGGUGUCUCCUCCUCAUAUGUUAGCUGCCGCUGCACAGGGUAUGCAGUUCCCUGCAGGAUCUGCUGCUGCUGCUGCUCUUUCUUUGUCUCCUUUUCUCCUUAGAGGGAGAGGGGAGAGGAAACAGGAUAUAGGAGGCCAGCAGCAGCAAGACAGCCACCGGUGUCUCCUAUCCCGUUUCUUGGCUCACGCAGCCAAUGACCUAAGACCGUGGGAGGAGGGCAUCACAUGGGGGGAAAGAGGCAGCAGAAACAGCAGCAGCAGCAGCAGCACCAGCUGCUGGCUUGUAGCGCAACCAAGGAAAGGGCGCAACGGCAGACAGACGCGAGCCAUUGCCUCUGUGGAGAUAGCCGAGGCCUUCAAGGAGACACUCAAGAAGGCCCUCAGCAACUGGGCAGGAGAGCAGCGUGAGGAUAUGGGGGACACAGCAGGACGCCGCCGCCGCGGCAGCAGCAGCAGCAGCAGCAGCAGAGUUGUGGAUGCUGCUCUGGAGCUGUUUAAGCAGGUCAAGGACCGAGCCGAGAGGCGGAUGAAGGGAGAGAAGCAGACUGCAGAUGCAACUCUAAGGAAAAAGGGGGACAAGGCUGCUGCUGGUGGCAGGCCACAGCAGGAGGAAAAGACAGAGCAGCUCCACCAGGAACAGCAGCAACAGCAGCAGCAGGAGCAUGCAACUCGGGUAGAAGAGUUAUCCCCUACUCGAGAGGAAUUGGAGGGGAGGGAGAAUGCGGAGAAAAAAGGAAAGGAUGACGACAAAGUGUUUGAUGACCUGGUGGUGCCCCCAGACAGCGCAGCAGCAGAAGUUGCAGCAGGAGGAGGAGGAGCAGCAGGUAAAGAUGCAAGAACAGCAGCAGCAGCAGCAGCAGUAUCAGCAGCAGAAGCAGCUGUGGUGGCUG